AUGUCACACAUGCACAUUUCAGACACCUGGAGGAGCCGAUGGGUGGAAUCCAAGCAUAAAUCAGACUACGGGAAGUUUGUCCUCUCUGCAGGCAAAUUUUAUGGCGAUGCCAAGAAAGAUAAGGGUCUUCAGACCAGUCAGGAUGCUCAUUUCUACGCGCUGUCAUCCCGCUUUGCUGAUUUCAGCAACAAGGAUCAGCCCCUCGUGAUCCAGUUCACUGUAAAACACGAGCAGAGCAUUGACUGUGGUGGAGGCUACAUCAAACUUUUCCCAUCAGACCUCAAACAGGAAGAUAUGCAUGGAGACUCCACAUAUAAUAUCAUGUUUGGUCCUGACAUCUGUGGCCCUGGAACCAAGAAAGUACAUGUAAUCUUCAAUUAUAAAGGCAAAAAUCAUUUGAUCAACAAAGACAUUAGAGCCAAGGAUGAUGAAUACACCCACCUGUACACGUUAAUUGUCAAUCUUGACAACACUUAUGAAGUCAAGCUUGAUAAUAAGAAGGUAGAGUCUGGAUCUUUGGAAGAAGACUGGGACUUCCUGCCUCCCAAAAAGAUAAAAGAUCCAGAAGCGAAAAAGCCUGAGGACUGGGAUGAGAGGGAGAAGAUCGAUGACCCUGAUGACAAGAAACCAGAGGACUGGGACAAACCCGAGAACAUCCCUGAUCCUGAUGCCAAGAAGCCUGAUGACUGGGACGAUGAGAUGGAUGGGGAGUGGGAACCGCCCAUGGUCACCAAUCCAGAAUACAAG